GCAGUUUAUUGAUAUUACGAAUCAAAAUCAGGGGUAAUAUGAUUGACGAUUAUUUUUCUAUUCAAGUAUUUCUCAUUGUUCUCAGGGAAACACUAGAGUCUGCAAUUAUCAUUUCAGUUCUUCUUGCAUUUGUCCACCAGAAUUUUUCUCAGGAAUCCCAAAAAAAGAAUGAACUGAGCUAUAGGAGUAUUGAGUCAGUAGAAUCUAAUGUUGAUAUUAUAGACCAAGAAGAAGCUGUCAACUCCCCAGGCACUAACGCUGAUGUAGAUAGAUUUUUAAAAGUUCAGAUUUGGUUAGGAGGCUUACUUGGAUUAGUUUCUUGUCUUGUACUUGGUGCAGGUAUUUUAUGGGUUUUCUACGUACUUGGAAAUGACUUGUGGUCAGUAACAGAGCAUUACUGGGAGGGUACAUUUUCAAUCAUAGCUAGUAUCAUUAUUUCCGUUAUGGGAGUUAAAAUUUUGAGAGUGAAUAGAAUGCAAGAAAAAUGGAAAAAGAAGCUUCUUGCUGCAAUCUAUAGUUCUAAUUAUUUAGGGAACCCUAACACAAAUGCUACAAAAGCCACAUCCAAAUAUUCUAUUUGGAGCGAAAAAUAUUUUAUGUUCGUCUUGCCAUUUGUAACCACGUUACGUGAGGGUAUGGAGGCUAUUGUAUUCAUCGGAGGAAUUGGAAUCAAUGAAAAUACUUCAAUUUGGGCAAUUUUGAAUGCUUUGAUUCUGGCAAUGCUUCUCGGUUCAUUCAUCGGCUUUUUACUUUAUAGACUGGGGAAUUCUCUUUCAUUACAAUGGUUCCUUGUUUCCUCUUCACUUUUACUCUACUUAGUUGCUGCCGGUCUCUUUUCGAAAGGUGUGUGGAAUUUUGAACUUCAAAGAUUUAUUGACUUGUGUGAUGGAUUUGACGUCAGUGAAACCGGCAAUGGACCGGGAUCUUAUGAUAUAACUAAUAGUAUCUGGCAUGUUAAUUGUUGCAACGGUGAAAUCCAAGAAGAUGGGGCUUUUUGGAUGAUAUUUACCGCCGUUUUAGGAUGGACGAAUAGUGCUACUUAUGGUAGUGUUUUAGCCUAUAAUUUCUAUUGGAUUGCUAUCAUGUUGGCAUUUGGACUGUUAAUUUACGAAGAAAAAUAUGGUAAACUUCCGAUUCCUGAAUCAUGGCAACAAAAUCGUAUAAAGAAGAGAUCUGCAUAUUCUGCAUUAGCUGCGGAACCGAGUCAGUCCUCUGUAGUUGAACCGAGGGAUAGCGUCAGCUCAUUAUCGCCUUUACAGGGAUAGAUUCACAUGCAUUGUUUAA